CUUCACAAAGCGUUGACACUCUUCCACACUCUCUUAAAAGUAACCUCAAAAAAUGUCCACCAAGCCGACGCUGGACCACAAGCUGGACGAGGACUUUCUGUUCAUCCUGAACUUUGCCCACAGCUCGAUGCACCUGUUCAAGGAUCGCCCGGUGGAGCGUUCCCUGAUCGACGCCUGGUUCGAGAAGCUCUGCCUCGAACUGCACCGGGGCGUCGAGGCCAAACGGAUCCGCAACCUGUACCUGGUCAAGCUGGUCACCUGCAUCCAGUCGGGUGUCCUGCAGGACCCGUUCCUGGUGGUCCCGACGCGUGGCCCGCUGGAACCUCUCCCGCAAGCUAUCGCCGCCUACAACUUGGACGAACCGCCGUGGCUGGCGGAGUUUGAGAACGCCGCCGCCCGCAUGACCAGCAACGUCGGUGCCAAAGACUUUAGUACGUACCAGUGCGUCCGGCGGUUGGAGAACGGGAAGGGGAUCUGCGCGUAUGUGGCCGUUUCGGUUGCCGACGAAGGCGAGGUUCCCGAGUGGGUGGAGAUGGGCAGUGGGAAGCCGGUCCAGCUGGACGUUUCGAGUGCGUUCAAGACGUACAUGGACGCCGUUGAGGAACAGCUGGACCAGAGCGGUGCUGGGGAAAUGGACGCGUACUGUGACCUGCUGUUGGGGGCCAUCCGGCGGGAACUGGCCGGGGCCGUUGCGCAAGGGGAGGACGCUUAUCUGGAGCAGCUGUUGGUGGACUUUGGCGAGCACAUCGCGGACAAACCGUUGGGACAGGAGAUGGAGGUUUACAACGCGACGGAGAAGCGGGCUUGCUUGCUGGGGUAUUUGGAGAAGAUGUUGGAGAAUCGGCAGGAUGAGAAGCGAAGAUAUGUUCAUUAGGUUGAUUUUGGUCUGUAAAUUAUGUAAAUUAUCAAU